AUGCAGAAGCCGAAAGAAAACUGCGUUAAAGAACAAAAAACAGCGCCGCGAUCGACAGUUUUAAAAGCAAAGCGAUUGUUUGUGAAACGUGACAGUUUUUCUGUUCACUCUGUGCCAGAAAUCGACGGAAUACGCAGAGAAAAGCUCACCUGGAAAAGCUGGAAAAGCGCGAUGUCGCCAAGAAGAACACGAAGAGGCACCAUUGUACCCGAAAUCAACUUAUCCACAGAAAAAAAGGGGAAGAAGUCAGUAGCUUCUCCAAAAGAAAAGUCUCGCCCUCCGCCAAAAAAGCGCAAUACUCGAGCAGCAAAGCCGAAGGCCACAAGUGACUCGGAAGACAACCAGUCUAGAAAUGUUUCAAAGAAAUCAUCUCGCAAGAGACCAGCAAAAUCGGAAGCGGAUUCUCUGAUGACCGAAGAUGAGUCGAUCUCGGAGAGUCCCAAAAGGGAGAGACCUUCCUCGAGACUCGAAAAUUCUCUCAUCAGCGAAGAGGAAAGUACACCUCGUCGCAAACCAGCGAGUCGAGCUUUAGCAAGAGUCGAUACAACGCCAAAGAGCAGUCCAAUCUUUGUUCCGCUGACACCUCACAGGUCGAAAAAAACUCCCAGAAGGUCUCCAGAAAACUUUGGUUCGCCAAAGAGGCAUUCAGACAUUUCUUUGGGGCUUUCAAAGACUCCCAGGAAGCUGGAAAUCGACGGGACACCACCAUCUUCCGAGGAUUCUCUGCCGGUUAAGAAACAAGAGGCGACACGGGCUACCAAAUCGUCUAGUUCACCAUCCAAAGCAACAAAAAGUCCGAGACCGAAAAAGUCACCGAAACGAGAAGUGGCUAAAAAAUCGACAAAACGAGCUGCAGCGAAGAGCAAAAAGUCGCCGAGUCCGAAAAAAGCGAAGGAAGAGCCUUCACCUCGGAUGAAUCAGACUGUUUCUGCAUCUACGAAGAAAGUGACUCCCAAACCAAGACGUUCUGUGCCUGCCUCGAAAGUAAAGAAAUCUCCCGCGAAAGCUCGAGGCUCGCCCGCAAAACGCGGCUCUUCGAGUGUUUCGAGAGUCGCAGUCGUGAUGCUCGAAAAGAUGGGUGAUUCCAGAAAGUCGAAAAAAUCAACUCCGAUGAAAACUCCGUCUUCGAGUCCCAACAGACCCAAAUCGGUCGCCAAGAGACGAAUUCCGUUAACCAAUUCUGGCACACCCUUGCGGCCAGUGCCAACUCAGAAACCAAGAAGUUCCCUGAAGAAAAUAAUCCUUGAAAAGCAGGCGAAAAUAGCUUCACCCUCGGAAUUAAGGGCUCUUCAAGACUCUAGUGGUUUCAUUGCUUCAACUCCCCGGGAAAAAAGCAGACGCACCUUGAAUCUUUCCGACAGUCCAAUCGUCAAGAAGAAUUUGUCAAGUCCCAUCAACCUCAAAUCCCCAAGUCCUAUUAAAAAGAAAUCUCCAAGUCCUAUUAAAAAGAAAUCUCCAAGUCCUAUUAAAAAGAAAUCUCCAAGUCCUAUUAAAGUGAAAUCUCCAAGUCCUAUUAAGAGGAAAGCUGUGAGUUCUAUUGAUAAAAAAUCUCCAAGUCCUACCAAGAAAAAGGUCGUGAGUCCUGUUGCAAAAAAGUCCCCAAUUUCUAUCAAAGUGACAUCUCCAAGUCCCAAUAAGAAGAAAGUUGUGAGUUCUGUCAACAAAAAAUCUCCAAGUCCUAUUAAGAAGAAAAUUGUGAGUCCGGUUAAAAAGAAAUCCCCAAUUACUUUUAAAAUCAAUACGCCAAGUCCGAUGAAGAAGAAAGUCGUGAGUCCUACUAAGAAGAAAAUCGUGAGUCCUACUAAGAAGAAAGUCGUGAGUCCUGUUAAAAAGAAAUCCUUAGUUACUAUUAAACUGAAAUCGCCAAGUCCUAUUAAAAAGAAAGUCUCGAGUCCUGGUAAAAAGAACUCAUCAAUUAAUAUUAAAUUCAAGUCUCCAAGUCCUAAUAAAAAGAAAGUGGCGAGUCCGGUUAAAAAGAACUCAUCAAUUACCAGUAAAUCUAAAUCGCCAAGUCCUAGUAAAAAGAAAAUCGUGAGUCCUGUUAAAAAGGAGUCGCCGAUUUGGAUGAAAGUUAAAUCGCCGAGUCCCAUUAAGAAGAAGAGAGCCGUCAGUCCUGUUAAAAAGAAUUCGAAGAUUUGGAUUAAAGUUAAAUCGCCGAGUCCUAUUAAGAAGAAGAGAGCCGUGAGUCCUGUUAAAAAUAAAUCCCCAGUUCCUGUUAAAGUUCAAUCUCAAAGUCCCAGCAAGAAGAUAGCUGUGAGCCCUAUUGCCAAGAAGAAAUCGGUGAGUCCUCUCAAGAGGAAGAUAUCUUUGAGUCCUUUUACGAGGAAGAAUCCAUCGAGCCCGAGGAUUCAGAAGAGUUUUGUGGGAAUUGCCGAUGAGUCGAUACCGGCGAUGAGUGACACUUCGCUUAUUAAUAUGAGCGAUCUCUUUGAUUCUGAUGUCUCGCUGAAAGAGGAUGAGAAGAAGAAUAAGGAUGGGACUUAUGAACUUCUCGAGCCGAAGACUCCGACUUUACAGGCGAAAAAGUCGAGGAAGAGGAAAUCGGUGGAUGCACAUUUGAGCGGGACGGAGACCGAGGCGAAGAAAGUUUGCAAAGUGCGUUUCGCUGAAAGCGACGUGGUCUCAAAUACGAGUGUCGCGAAGCUGAGAUCCGGAACACCAGGUCACAAAUUGUCGUUGAAGAGGUUGUCGGAGGUGAGAAGCAAAUCGAGAUCUCCCCAGAGAUUGAGCAAGGGGGGAUUGAGCGAGAGCACGAGAAGAAGAUCUAGUUCAGUGUCAGUGAUAGAAGGAACGCCGAGAACACCGAGUAAUAAAAGGAGGAAUAAUUCAGUUGCUACUUCCACUCUCAAGUCUGAUAGCAAAGCGCAAUUGGCGUCGGUUAACCGACUCAGCAGACCCAGGGUAUCUGCUGCUCCUGUUGAGAAAAAACCUGAAUCCAAGACACCAGUGGCGCGAAAAAUUCCAAAUUUCGCCGGGAUUCACCAAAAGAAUUUCAAAAAAAUGGAAUCGAUCGUAGAUGGAAAAAAACGGUUGGAGGAGAGACACGUUGCGUUGGUCCAUCCAAUAGUCACCAGCGCUACAAAAUCGAUGCCUGAAGUCACACUACGAAAACGCCUCGAGCCAACAAAAGCUGUAGCCACCACUGAAGGUGCGAACGGUGCCUACACCAGAUUUGGAUUCAAAGUACGCAGAAACGAAGCUGCUCAAUCCAUAGCCAAAAAACAACCAAUAAUGACCAGUGAAAAAAAGAAGAAAGCGAGGAGGGAUAUUUUAAAAGGCGUGAGAACGAACCGACGUUUCGAGUUGCAGAUGAAGUCUCGAAAGUCUGCAGGCGGCUCUCACUGAACCCUAUAGAUUAGAGAUUAUUUUAAUUAAGCCUAGAUAAUAAAUGUAGAUUCUAGAGACACAUUGGCAUGCCUACGAGGCAUUUUCGAUCUUUCGAUUUGAUUCUCGCUGAUCAUGAAUCGUGAAUAGUUUUAAUCAAAUCAAGCCAUUAUUCUUGAUUUUUAUUCGUGUUGGUAAGGAAAUUAAAAAAAAAAUCAAAUAAAAAAAAUUAUAAAUGAUAUUCUUCGGUACUUUUCUGUUUCUUGUAGGUUUGCUAAUGCGUCAAUUUGUGAACUUGGAGUCGCAUGUUGGAAUAUUCAGCCGUUAUUGAGGAAUAUUCUACUAUUCUUAUUCGGAAAUAUUCUCUCGUUAUUGGGGAAUAUUGACUAAUUGACAAAAUUUAAGAGGCAAGAAAUAUUUUGCAAAUACAAAGAAGCCCUGUAUUGUAAAAUAUUUGAUAGAAUUUUGAUACCACGUUUGUGUAUUGUAGCACUUUAGUAAAUGAGUGUAUUGCAAACAAUUCCAGUACAUAUUGGUAUAAUUAAGUAGCUAUUCUGUUUUUUUUUGUUUUGUUUUUUUAUUCUUGGAUUUAAAAAAGUCUUUCAGAUUUAUGGGAUUUGCCCUUUGCCUGGAUAACCCUAAAUAUUCUGACAGAGAAUCUUGACUUGUACAGGUAUAUCCACGUGAUUUUAAUUGGGUAACUGAUAACUGAUAAUUGGUCCUUUAAAUUUGUUGGCUUUGAAAAUUCUUCUAGAUUUAUGGUUUUUAUUUAGGAAAAAUGGACACGGAAUAUUUAGCAUUGUCGAGAAAGGUUUCUGGACUUGUAAAUAAUUAAUAUGAGACACAUAUCGGGAAAAUUGAGACAUUUUUUGUUACACUGAUUGGACGAAAUUUUGAAAGGCUUGGCACCGUAUUCAUUCUUUAAGAAGUACGUGUGUUAAUUUUAAUGCUUCUCUUGCUUUUUAAUUUGCUUUAUGAUGACGUUAUUUUUACAUUCUCAUUUCAUUUGUACCUCGACGGGACUUACAUAGAUUUUUUCUUGGAAUUUAGAAAUCUUUUUUUUUUAUUUGUACUGUAUUAAAUUAAUUUUUUUCGGCAGUUUACAGUCUUCGGUUUUUGGUAAAUGAGUUAUCCUUACCAGUGAUUAAUUUUCAUAGGAUUUUCACCUCGUUUGCCCUCUUCAAAGUCUUAAGUGUUUGUGAUUUGUGCGAAUGGUAAUGUAAUGAAAUGUAAGAGAAUAAAGAUAAUAAAACAGAUUUUCAAAUUU